CGCCCCUGGGAGGAGGCAGCCAUGAUUACGUUGUGGGUGACUUCCGUUUGUCUGUCGGUGUGCGCCGGCUCCCCGGUCUAUGACCUGGCACGGCCGACCCACCCCCUCCAGCCGGUGCAGCAUGCCCACGAGAAGGCGCACCCGUACCAGUUUGAUUACGCCGUGAAGGACGAGUACCGAGCGCUCGACUUUGGGCGCAGUGAGUCGCAAGACGAUAGUGGCACGGUCAUUGGGGAGUACCACACCCUGUUGCCGGAUGGCAGGACCCAGCUGGUCUCCUACACAGCUGACCACAGCAGCGGAUUCCAGGCUACAGUGACGUACGAGGGUGAGGCUCGCGCAGAACCCGCACAUUCGCAGCCAAAAUAUCCCGCUGCUCCUCCGAAAUACCCCGCACCUGUGGCCCAAACUCCUGCUCCUGCGCCGGAGGCCCCUGCCCCUGCGCCUGCAGCCCCUGCUCCUGUGCCUGCAGCCCCCGCCCCUGUGGCGGAGGCUGCGGCCCCUGCGCCCGCAGCCCCUGCAACUGUGACUGAAGUUCCCGCUCCCGCUCCUAAAGUUCCCACUCCGGCUCCUACAUACCCCGCUCCUCAGCCGAAAUAUCCUGCUCCUCGGCCGCAAUACCCCGCCUUUCAGCCAAAAUAUCCCGCCCCUCAGCCGAGAUACCCUGCCCGUCAGCGCCAACACCCCGCCUACGCGUACCCGCGCUACCCGGCUCCACCGCGGGGCUACGGCGGCCGCCCGACACGCUACGGUGCGCCGCGCUACGCCUACAUCCCGCCACCAUCUGUCUACUUCACCAGCGCGCCGACAGAGGCGCCACUGGCGACGGCGGCUGUGGUUGCGGAGGCGGAGCCCACCACGGCGCCCUCGGCCACCACCCCUGGACUGGCGGCCGACCAGCCGCUGCCCGUGGUCGCCGUUGACCCUGUGCCGGAGUUGCGGCAGCCUGUGGAGCCUGCCGUUGAGGCAGAAGGUGGGACGGAGACCCAGCUGGAGGCUGCUCCGCAGGGGCCCGAAGAAGAAGGGGGUGUGGGAGAUGCGCAGCAGGCUGCUGCCGCGGAAGAGCCCGUGGACGCUACAGCUGCAGAAGAGCCCGUGCAGGUGGUGGCCGUGGAGGAGCCUGUGAAGGUCGUAGCUGUGCAAGAGCCCGUGGAGUUGGGUGCUGUGGAAGAACCCGAAGAAGUGGCGAGUGUGGAAGAAGCCGAGGAGCCUACCGCGGUGCAGGAGCCUGUGGCAGCAACAGUUGUGGAGGCGGCAGUGGGGGAGGCCGAUGAGGACGCUCUGGAGGUGCCUGAGGAACCGGCGGCUGUGGAGGAACCCGAAGAGGUUGGAGCAACAGACGAUGAGCAGCAGCAGGAGGCCACGGUCGUGAACGACCCAGUCGCUGAGCUGGCUGAUGUGGCCGCUGCAGAUAGUUGAGGUCCGAGCCGACGCAGCCAUCCCAGGCCAGCCGUCCCCUGUAAGUGAAGACGCAGUGCUCGGUGAUGUGGGGUAUGGCCUUAAACUGUAAGUUAAGAUCAUCGGAGGAGGUACGGUUUUGAUUGUCAUGGCAGAGGAGGGCGACGCCUCCUUCUCAAGGAUCUCCUCACAAUAUUUAUGAUUUUAUUUAUUCAGACUGUUUCUAGUGUCUUUGUCAAUGUCGUUUCAUCACGCUCCAUGAUUUAUGGAUGUUCUCAGGGAUAAGGCGUAUAUCUGUGACUGGGCAAACGGUACAUCUCGUGCACAUUUUAAGAAAGCGUUUGAAUGCUGUUGUAGUGAAUGGAAUACAAUGUUUUCUUUGUGUCGUUGAAACCGGUUUUGUAU